CACUGGACUAACUAUCCAUCUCAACCUCAGACUGCCACCACAGAGCAGACAGAUAUUCUCUGUCCUGUCCCCUGUUGCCCAGUGACACGUAGUCCAGUGUCUCAGCACCACCACUUAUCAAGAACACCUGGCUGGUUCCCAAGAAGCCUCCAAUCACAUCCCAGAGAAGUUACAGCAGCCGCAGCCCCCCACACAGUAGAGGUGACACAACUCUUUGUACAAAUAGCUGCAGUUCUUUCCUUUACCUGCUUCCCUGCCCGUUGAAUCAUUUGAAACAUGUUGGUCCCCCUGUUUUUCUUUCUGCUGCUGUCUUCUGUCAGUGCCACAAAGAAAGACAGUGCCCUACCCAGACUGACCGACACCCAAGCUGUUGAGGCCUUCAUCGACUCUGCUGAAGUGGUGGUCAUCGGAUUCCUGGAGGGAGAGGAGACUCGAGGCUUUCAGGAGCUCGUUGCAGCUGCAAAGCAAGUUGACUCAGUCCCUGUAGCCAUUUGCACAGUGAAAGAGGUUUGGGCGGACUACAGCCUCUCCUCAGACACCAUCACCAUUUUCAGAAAGGCUGACAACCACCAGGAGAAUCUUGUUCUUUCUAAGGCCAAGAAGAUAGAAGCUGAUGGUCUUGUAAACUUCAUGACCACCAAUGAGGUCCGAUACAUAACAGAAUACAACCAAGUGACAGCUGUGGGCCUGUUCAACUCAGAGGUGAAGGCACACCUCCUGCUCUUCGCCAACAGAGGAACUAAAGAAUAUACUGAGCUCAAGGAGCGACUGGGAGCCCUGGCCCCUGAGUUCACAGGCAAGUUCCUGUUUGUGCUGAUUAACGGAGGAGUUAAGUCCAACCUCCGGUCACUGGACUACUUUGGCCUCAAGUCUAAGGACCUCCCACGAGUUGGUAUCUAUGAUGGCAACUCUGACAUGAAGUGGCUCCUGCCGGAGGGACAGAUUUCUACUGAACGUGUACGAGACUUCUGCCGGUCCUUCCUACAAGGGGAGCUGAAGGAGGUGAAGCAGGCAGGAGCAGAAACCAAAACAGAGCUCUAGGACUCAUCGAAGGAAUGUAAAUGUAUUCAUAUGUAUUAAAUAAGAUAAAACGGA